GAGGUCCACUACCAGCUAGAGGCUCGCCUGUGUGUCUUAGAGAACAUGUGCCGUCUGGCCUGAGCUGUCAGCCACUCCCAGCCAUGCUGGGUCCCCAGGGGAGGAGGGCAGGUCUGCAGGCAGGCUGUGGACUCCUAUGGGGGUUAGAGAAACAGUUUCUGCAGGGGAGCCCUGAGAGGGCAGGGAGCCUGCUGGAUCUAACCAUCCCCACCCCAGGUCUCAGUGGCCGUGGGCCUGGCUGUCUUUGCCUGCCUCUUCCUUUCUACUCUGCUCCUUGUACUCAACAAAUGUGGACGGAGAAACAAGUUUGGGAUCAACCGUCCUGCUGUGCUGGCUCCAGAGGAUGGGCUGGCCAUGUCCCUACAUUUUAUGACGUUGGGUGGCAGCUCCCUGUCCCCCACUGAGGGAAAAGGCUCCGGGCUUCAAGGCCACAUCAUCGAGAACCCACAAUACUUCAGUGAUGCCUGUGUUCAUCACAUCAAGCGCCGGGACAUCGUGCUCAAGUGGGAGCUGGGCGAGGGUGCCUUUGGGAAAGUCUUCCUCGCUGAGUGCCACAACCUGCUGCCUGAGCAGGACAAGAUGCUAGUGGCCGUCAAGGCACUGAAGGAGGUGUCAGAGAGUGCCCGGCAGGACUUUCAGCGCGAGGCUGAACUGCUCACCGUGCUUCAGCACCAACACAUCGUGCGCUUCUUCGGGGUCUGCACCGAGGGCCGCCCGCUGCUCAUGGUCUUUGAAUACAUGCGGCAUGGCGACCUCAACCGCUUCCUCCGGUCCCACGGGCCUGAUGCCAAGCUGCUGGCUGGCAGGGAGGACGUGGCUCCAGGCCCCCUGGGUCUGGGGCAGCUGCUGGCCGUGGCUAGCCAGGUCGCUGCAGGAAUGGUGUACCUGGCAGGCCUGCACUUCGUGCAUCGGGACCUGGCCACACGCAACUGUCUGGUGGGUCAGGGGCUAGUGGUCAAGAUCGGCGAUUUCGGCAUGAGCAGAGAUAUCUACAGCACCGACUAUUACCGUGUAAGGGCCUUUCGCCUCCCCGCCUCCCCCAGCGUCCAAAGUGUCGCCACCCUGGACCCGGAGUCCCCCGCCGAGACGGUGUAG